GCAAAAUCCCACCAAGGAAUUCUCAAAGCAAAACAUUCAAUCACAUAAUUAAACCAAGAAAGGGAGAGAGAGCAAUGGCCACUCAGGCAGAGACCAUUGAGGUUCCCGCGGACGCUGAGCUGCUGCAGGCACAGGCAGACCUGUGGCGCCACAGCCUCUACUACCUCUCCUCCAUGGCGCUCCGGUGCGCCGUCGAGCUCGAGAUCCCGACUGCGAUCCACCGCCUAGGCGGGGUCGCCUCGCUGCCUGACCUGAUGGCCGCGCUGUCCCUUCCCUCGGUUAAGAUGUCUUUCCUCGGCCGGGUCAUGCGCGUGCUCGUCAACUCGGGUGUCUUCGCAGCCGAUAACAGCUCCGAGUACGGGGUGGAGCUCUACCGCCUCACCCCACUGUCCCGCGUUCUGGUGCACGGCGUCCUAGCGGACGAGCACCAUAGCCAAAAGUAUUUUGUUCUUGGUGUCACCUCGCCGCACUACACGGAGGCGGCGUUGGGGCUGGCCGACUGGUUUAAGAAGGACACAGAACUUCCAGUGUUGUCACCUUUCGAGGAGAAGUUCGGUGUGCCACUCUUUGAUGAAAAAACUGCCCUACUCGAUGAAGAGCUUGACUCUGUUUGCAACCAAGGUUUGGCUGCCCACGACAACCUUGGGAUCGCUACCAUACUCCGCGAAUGCGGUGACAUCUUCAAGGGGCUUGACUCCCUGACCGACUGCUGCGGCGGCGAUGGUACGACAGCGAGGGCCCUCGUCAAGGCUUAUCCGCACAUCAAGUGCACUGUGUUGGACCUUCCAAAGGUGGUCGAAAAAGCCUCAGCUGAUGGAGUCAUUAACUAUGUCGCGGGUGACCUGUUCCACACCGUCCCACCAUCUCAAGUGGUGAUGCUCAAGCUUGUGCUACACUUUUGGAGCGAUGAGGAUUGCGUGAAAAUCCUAGCCCAGUGCAGAAAGGCGAUUCCUCCGCGGGAGGAGGGAGGAAAGGUAAUAAUCAUAGAGAUUGUGGUUGGACCUUCCUUAGGGCCAGUAAUGUUUGAAGCCCAACUCCUGAUGGAUAUGCUCAUGAUGGUGAACACGAGAGGGGGUCAACGUGAUGAAAAUCACUGGUGUGAGUUAUUUAAGAAGGCGGGAUUCACUGACUACAAAAUUGUGAAGAAAUUGGGAGCCCGAUCAGUCAUCGAGGUCUACCCGUAAGAUAUUGUGCUUUAAAGGUAAAAAUAAAGGAGGUGCUUAUUUUUCUUAGGGAAUGUUCCACGGGUCUUGAAGUAGCUAAAGUAUAAAGAUUAGUUGCUUCAAGGUCCAUGCAGCGUUCGCUCGGAAAAGUAUUAAAGCACUUUAUAUUGGCAUAUGUAUGUGUUUGUCAUGUUAGUGUGCUCCAACGGUGUGUGCUUGUAGUUUGUUGUCGUGCUUAUAUAGUAUUGUUCUCGUAUUUAUUAA